UUCGAUUCAGUUACGUUUCCAACAUGUUGUACGCCUCACGCCUAACGCUCGCCACCCUCUGCGCUCUCGCUCUGUUGCAGCUGGCGCCCGCAUUGCCGCAGUCGCGCAUCUUGGGCGGCGAGGAUGCCGCCGUGGCCGAGUUCCCUUGGGUCGCCUCGCUGCGUCUGAACAAGGCGCACAUUUGCUCCGCCUGCAUUAUCUCCACCACCCAGCUGCUCACUGCUGCUCACUGCGUAUCCGACAUGGGUACCAAGCCUGUUGCAGCAUCCGCUUUGACCGCACGCGUGGGCAGCGUUAAUCAAUUUGCUGGCGGCAGCUUGGUGGAUGUCAGCGAGGUGCUCAUCCAUCCCUCGUAUGGCAACUUCUUGCAUGAUGUGGCCAUCAUUACGCUCAGCAAGCCGCUCACCUUUGGCGAGAAGAUCAGCAAGGUUGCGCUGCCCGAGCAACAGGCCGAGACGGAGCCGGAGGAGCUGGCCCAUGGCACGCCCGUCUAUGGCAGCGGCUGGGGCGAGCAGCUGGAUGGCACCGCCAGCUACAAGCUGCAGAAGGCCAACUUCAAUACGGUUAGUUCGCAGAUGUGCGAGCUGGAGGCGGGCUAUGGCUAUGACUCGGUGCUGUGCCUGUCCAGCGCCGAGAAGCAGGGCGUCUGCCGUGGCGACGAUGGCGCCGGAAUCAUUGACGACAACAAGGUGCUGCAAGGCAUCGUCAGCUUCCACUUUGGCAGCUGCGGUACCAAGACCCCCGACGUUGCUGCCCGGAUUAGCUACUACGCCGCUUGGAUCUUGAGCAACGCCAAAUAAAUAAUUUCAUAUUUGGUCACUCCUUUCGCUGAGUGUACAUAUACAUUCUUUUUUUUUUGUUAUUUUUUUACUGUGCAUAAAACAAAAAGAGAAAAACCCAAGUGUUAAUGUUGUUGUGGAAUUUCUUGAGGCCGCCAUUUAGUGCGCCCAUAAAUUUGCAGCCAUAGUGGCCGUAUCAGCUCAUAAUGGACUUAACAGAUAACGGCAGUUUAGUCUGCAACUAAAAGUGGGCUGUGUACAAAGGUUUGACACUUUUACCACCUUGCUGAAGAUUAUUAAGCUCUUCCGCGAAAGCUUAGCAGCAUUUAGUCGAUGAUUACAGCCAAUCGCCAAUCACAUGAUCUAACUUAGUUCUGAGCACUAAAAAGUCUUUUAACUAAAAGUGUUAAAUCAGCGUAAGCUUUUUUUUCUUUGAAAAGCUUUGUUCACUUCUUUCAAGCUUAUGUUAUGUUCCUGAUCGAUUUCAGUUUGUAAUUCCAUAGAAUUUCCAAUCGACCUCAAACCGACGCAAAAUCAGCUACUAACUCGCUUAACUCGUUCCGCUUUCCGACACAGUUCCCUUUUUUCCAUUUUAAGACCAACUGAAUCGAAUUUAAUUUCACAUUUUCACUUCCGAAAUAUCCA